AGUUUUUGCAUGAUUCCUCCUCAUUCACUUGUGACUUCAUGUCCGUUCUAGUCUCUUUGUGUCACCUCAAGUUCGAAAUAGACGUUGCCCCCGCAAUGAGCUCUGAGGAAAACGCUGAUGGGGCCUGUGCCAUUAGCUCUGACACCACGAACACCACGCGCUCUGCUCAAAUCAAUCGUGGUCAGCGCCAGCCGCGCAAUAUCAAGGUGGAAAACUACACAAAUCGCGACCUGGAGCCAUCGGAGUCUUCGCGAGGACUCUUGCCAGCGAACUCUCGGGAAGUGACUCCCAUGGAUGAUGCGCCUCCGCCAAAGACCGAGGCCUCCGAUGACAUCACAUUCUUCUCGGGGAACCCUUUCGUGGAGGUCACAAAGGGCAUCAUUCACCUGUACAAGAAGAACGAGCGAACAGAUGUGAUGGAUUGCCAAUCAAAGACCCUCUGUCUUCUGGCUGUUCCGGCAAUCCUCAGUUGCCACGAUCUCCUCAACUUUGUGGCACCCUGCCACUCUGUCAUCCAGCACGUGCGGAUCAUCAGAGACGGAUCACCGAAUCAAUUCAUGGUGCUUCUCGAAUUCCGCACUAUUGAGUCGGCGAUUGAAUUUUAUGAGACAUACAACGGAGUGCCGUACAACAGCCUGGAGCCAGACUCUCUCUGUCACGCUGUUUGGGUGUCUAGCGUCGUGUGGGGCUUCGAUGAGACUCCACCGGCGGGACACACGGAGUUGCCCACCUGUCCAGUUUGUCUAGAGCGCAUGGACGAGAGUGUGGACGGCGUGCUGACAAUCCUGUGCAAUCACGCCUUCCACGCGAGCUGCCUGGUGAAGUGGGGCGACUCCACAUGUCCCGUCUGCCGCUGCGUCCAGACGCCCGAGCUCACAGAGAGUUCUGUGUGCAUGGAGUGCGAAGGAACAGAAGCGCUCUGGAUCUGUCUGAUCUGUGGCCACGUGGGCUGUGGCAGAUAUCAAGGAGGUCACGCAUUCUCCCACUAUCGAAUGACCAAUCACACGUAUGCUCUGCAGCUGGGGACGAACCGAGUGUGGGAUUACGUUGGUGAUAACUUUGUCCAUCGGCUGCUGCAGAGCAAGACAGAUGGUAAAUUGGUGGCCACACAGAGUCCUGAAGGCGAUGGCGAGGAGAAGAUUGACUCGAUGCAGCUGGAAUUCACGUAUUUGCUCACAUCUCAGUUGGAUGCGCAGCGGGAGUAUUACGAAGAGAAGCUGAGUCGCCUGGAGAGCCUUGUGACGAGUGAAACAGAUAAGAUCAAGGCUCACACAGCCCAAAUUGUGGAGCAAAAUGCGACUCUGGAGGGAAAAGUGAAGGAUCUGACCAAGGAUAAGGCGGCGCUGGAGAAGAAGCUCUCCCAGGUGACGACUAAGCUGAAUGCUGUGUCCAAGGAGCUCUCAGAAGAGCGACAAAUGGGAAAGGCAAUGCAGACUAAUCAAUCUGAGUGGCAGACAAAGUGCACCAGCCUGGAGAAGCGUCUCAAGGAUCUGCAAGCGGAGAAGGAAGUCACUAUAACAGAUCUCAAGGAGCAGAUCAGAGAUUUGUCGUUUUACAUGGAGGCUCAGAGUCUGAUUGCCAAGUCGGAGUUGCAGGAGGAAAUCGCCUCGGGGUCUGUGAUCAUUCCGGAGAGUUCUGGGCAGAAGGGGAAGAACCGUCGGCGAAGGAAUUGAGCUCAAGACCAAGUACUACUCUUGUUUAUAGAUUAUUGGCUUUUCAGGCUUUCCAAUAAAAUUGAUGGUCAAAUUCGC